AUGGAGCUCCGUGAGUCCAUGACAUUUUUCAAUGCAAUGCUUGAAGAUAUGAAAUCCCAAAUGGAAGAGAAAAACACACUCAUCCGGGAGUUAAAAGAAGACAACAACAUUCUUAGGUCUACCGUUAGUGACCUAUCAAACCGCCUCAACUUAGUGGAACAAAAUAUGAGAGACGGAAAUAUUAAAGUGAAUGGAAUACCCGAAAAUAAGAAUGAGAAUUUGGUGAAGACGAUUGAGCAACUAUCGAAAAUCAUAGGCGAGCCCAUCAGUCCAGAAGAUAUUUUGCUUACCACCCGUGUUGCGAAGCUAAAUAAAGAUAAUGAUAGACCACGCACGGUUAUUGUCAAACUACGUACUCCCCGCCAUCGUGAUGCAAUACUUGCAGCAGUGGUUAGUUACAAUAGGAAGAAUAAAGAAGAUAAGCUAUGCACUCACCAUCUUGGCUACAGAGGUGCUCGAAAACCUGUUUUCGUUUCCGAACACCUAUCUCCCGUCAACAAGUCUCUCCAUGCUGCGGCUCGCAUCAGGGCCAAGGAAUUAAAUUUCAAGUACACGUGGGUUCGUAAUGGAAGAAUUUUUAUGCGUAGGGACGACUUCGGUGAAGCUGUACUGGUUCGUAACAGAGAAUGUUUAGACUUAAUCAAAUGA